GCACUCAGCAGCAGCAGCAGCCACCAUCCGAGAGAAGUGGAGCCGUCGUCGAAAGUGAGCUGUGCUUGCAGGAGUAUCGUCGACACACGUACCACACUACUUGUGUUGUUUGUUCCUUGCUGUAGCGUUUCCGCGUGUGGACGCCAUUGUUCAUUCUAUUGUUUAGCAAACUAGGCGCCAUAUUCGGUGGAACAAUAGCCAAACCAGAAGGCAUUUUGCGCUCUGUGCGACAUCUUGAAUUGCGUCGGAACGUUGGUUUUGUGAAACGCAGAAAGGAAAGGUUUUCUUCGUUUUCUGUGCGUGUUCAUCGGUGUGUGCGAGUGGUGGCUUUUCUGUGCGCGUACGUGUGUGAACUGUCAAAUUGAAGAAAAUCAAAAAAAAAAUGAAAAUGUGUGCUGUGUAGUGCGAAAAGAGAAGCAGCAGCGAGAAGAGCGACUGGCAGAAGAAAAGGCCACCGCCAUCGGAAGAAAGAGGAAUUUUCGCUACUCGUUCGACUUUCGGGUGUUUCAAAGCGUACAAAUGUCCGCAAAAUAACGAGAGUUCCGCUGUCAUUUCCCGUUGGAUUUAACCUCGCGUAUAGUUUCUUUUUUUCGUGUGUAAUUCGCGGCUAUAAGUGGACGAAGAAACGCAAAUUCUGGUGUCGGGCGGAACGAAUCGGACGACGGGAAACGGCUUGCUAGCUAGCUGCGGUACAGGCUUUUGUCUGGCCUGGCGUCGGGACGCGGGCGAACUUGAAAAAUUGUCUAUUUUCGGAAGAUUAUAAUAAACUACGCGCAGGAGGAUUCCUCGCCUCACCCGAGUGAAGGUGCCACUAUUGCGUGUGUGAGCUGGUUGGCUAUUUAACGACAAGUAACAAAUAAUACAAAAUCAAAAAAAAGAAUAGCAAAACGCCAAGACGAAACACAAAUGCUGCUGAAGCAAAGACAGAACGAUUGUAACAAUCGAUACCCAUUCAGAACGAGAGAGCACUAGGCGAGCACACAGACAAGAACUGCCGCCAGCUGUACCGUUGCUCUCCCCCGCGAAAAUCCUACCUUCUGGCAAUUACUACACGGGAAAAACUGACACGGCCAGACGAAACAGAACGAAAUGAAAAUUUCCGGUGGCAAUCAGGUGUUGUUUUGCGAGCAGGUGGGCACGGUAACUUCUUUUUUCGAGCAGUGGAACGACUGCGAACGAACGGUGGUUCUCUAUGCGCUGCUAAAACGAGUCCCAUUUGCCAACUUAAAGUUCCUGCAGCUAUCGAUCGAUUAUAACCUUGCCCAGAACUACAGCUCCCAGAGCAAGCUGCAACUGCUAGAAACGCACGCCAACAAUGCAAACUUUUUGAACAAACUUGUCCAGCGAUAUCAGACCACCUGCUGCGGGAUGGUGGGUGCUGGAGAGACGGGGCCAACCGCCAACAAUAGUAAUAAUAAUAAUAAUAACAAUAACAACAACAAUUGUAACAUUGCCAACAACAAUUUGACCCCACCCGAUUCGGGCUACGAUUCGGAGAAGAAAAAUUCCACCUUUGAUCUGUCCUCAACUUCUUCCUCAUCCUGUUCGUCCACAUCGGGUAUGUCCUGCGGUUCGUCCUCAUCCCAAGCGACGACGCCAGCAGCGACAGUGGGUGGCGCUUCGGCCACGAACAAAGCUGACCAGGGCAACCAGCCGCCCAGUCUGUCGACGACAGUGGUGGCGCAAAGCAAAACCAAACUGACCGAAACCAAGAAGGACAUCCUGAACGACAUGCUGACGUACCUACCACUGCUCAAGCCAGGUAACGACGACGUGAAGAGUGUGUACAUGUCGCUGAUUCCGGCCGCAGUCGAAGACGCCUGCCAGCAGGCGGUACCCACUGAGCUGGUGCAGCACAUACUGUCCUAUCUGCUGAUACAUCCGGCAGUGAAUAAUGACGAUAGAAGAUCUCUUAGUUACUGGCUGCGCCAUCUGGAGGAGCACAUCGCUUCCUCUUACAUCCCGACAACGCUUACCACGACCUCAUCAGCGGUAGCAGCAACGGCCAGCAGCGCCUGCAACAACACCAACAACAACGCAAAUAAGCUUACUCCAUGUGGCAGCAGCUACUUCAUCCUUCCACCGGCAGCUAACGCAGCAGGCAUGAACCAACAACAGCAGCAUCAGCAACAACAGUCACUUGUUGGUAGAUCCAACAAUCCGGCCGCCCCUAAAUCCGGUAGUCAACAAUCGUUACAGUUCCUCGCAGCUGGCUCUUGGCACCAUCUUCCACGUCACCAGCAACAUCAUCAUCAGCAACAACAACAACAACACCCACAUCUUCACCAGAACAGUGGCAGUGGUAGCACUGACAGCAGUAAUCAACUGUCCCAGCAGCCUACACCUUCGCUCAGCAUUUCCAAUUCCACCACAUCGCUGUUGUCUAAAUCUCAGCAGAGUCUGAAUCAGGCGAGCAGCAGUAGCAGUAGUUCUAGUUCUUGUCUCGAUAGCACUGCCUCGCAGCUGCUGAAAACAACCAACAUGCUGGUUAGUCUGGAUUGGACACCGGAAGUUCCUGGCUCAGAGGAAGGGGAUAGAGGAGGUGGAAAUAGUGCCGGUAGCAUGGAAAAUGUUUCGAUCAAGGAGUUUGUUCCGGUUCCAUUCGGCUAUCACACACCGGCAGGAAGUAACAAACCGAUGGGCAAUAGUGCCAACAACAAUAGCAGUAGCAACAGUACCAAGCACCAUCAUCUGAUCGCUUCUUCUAGUCAAGCCCAAGGCUAUCUGGGCAACAGUAGUGUCAAUAGUACCUUGACGAACGGCAACAGUUUAAAUCUGAACGGCAGCGGCAAUCUGAGCCAUACAAUGGUCCUGACGGAUCUGGACUCGAGUGAUGAUAAUCAUCUGAGCUUCAGCAAGAACGGGACGGAGAUUUUCGAUUACGAUUGUGAUUACGAUAACGAGGAAGAGUUUAAUUAUCUAGCUCGAGCGGCGGCAGUAGCUGCUGCUUCCGGAGGAGCAUCUUCCAUCGGAACUAGUUCUAGUUCCGGGGUGCACACCGCGGCUGGUUCCGCGGUUACGGCCGGAACAGGAACCGGAACAGUAGGUCCUGGCAGUAGCAGUGGUAGCAGUAAAAAUCGUGUUUCCUUCGAUGCUAACAUUAGCGACUAUUUAAGGGUUCCUCCGAUUGCGGUGGGAGAUUUCGAUAUGGACGGAAGUGGCCUGUUGAAAACUCGGCGAUCCAACAGUUUGACAACCACAGUGAGCAGUGCGUGCGGGCUGUCCGUUGGGGAACUGAACCAACAGAAACAGAACAACGAAUGCCUGUCGGCGGAAAACCUGAGCAAUUUACAGCUGUUACAGAACAAACCGCGAAGCUUUUCACUCACAAUGGAAAGUCCCCGUUCUUCGUUGACUUCCAGUGGUUCGGAAACCCGAUUGGAUGAUUUUAAACAACAUCAGAUGGCUAAAAUGUACGGACAGCCGAAUGUCGGAAUGUCUGGCAUUGCUCACUGGUUGAAAAGCUUGCGGCUGCACAAGUAUGUGUGGUUAUUUUCCAACCUUACGUAUGAGCAAAUGUUGGACAUGAACGAGGAAUAUCUAGCGAGUCUUGGUGUUACCAAAGGAGCCCGCCACAAACUGGUUCUUUGUAUACAAAAACUGAAGGAAAGAUACGGAGUUCUUGUCCAAAUGGAAAAGGAUCUGCUUGCUACUGGCGGAACCAAAGGUCAGCUUACUGUUAUGUUUGAAGAAUUGACAGGUCUUGUGUUGACGCCGAUCAAACCGACUGGACUCGAUCGUAAGGAUGAUAUUCCCGGGCAGUUUAUGAAGCUGUUCGAUUUGAUCGGAUCAAUUCUGCUGGCGAGGCCUGUCUGUGGUUCGCAAGAGGAAGAGUAUCUAAACGUCUACACCUGGUUGUUGGAACGGGCCCUGCAUAAUGAGGCAUUUGCACCGCACGUGGUGCAAAUCAAAGAGUACAAGUACAAGGCUAACAAAAUCAAGAUGCAGUUUACACCGAAGGCUCACUAUGUGAAAAAUGCUAACCUGAAUGGGAACAUCAACAAACCAAGGUGGAGCGCCACAAACAAACACAAAUCAAACAACGCUAGUGAUCUGCAGAAAACGCCCCAUCGGAAAAGUUCAUUGCAGUAUUUCACUUCUCCGAUGCAGCAGCAAUCGCAACCAUCUCAACAGCAGCAGCAGCAGCAAAACACUUCCUCUUCUCACAGUCAUCUUCAAGCAAUUCCACACCAGUAUCAGUAUGGUCAUGGUCACAAUGCGAACGCUGGUACUGGUCACAACAACAACUACAACAAGAGUUCGUCCUAUCCGAACUUUGCUUCUAACUUAUCCAGUAGUGGAGGUGGUAGUGGUGGUGCAACCAUCGGUACCGGAAGCAACAUCAAACACCAUUCCCAACAGGGUCAAAGCCAAAUUCAGGGUCAACAACACCAGCCGCAACCAUCGCAACAACAACAACAACCGAAGCAACAACUACAACAGCAGCAGGUACAACUUUCACAACAAACGCACGUUCCUCAUGGCAACUUCAUGUAUCAUCGACACUCGUUGAACAACAUUUCCGCUCACCAGCAUCAGCAGCAGUUUUUGCAGCAAUUGCAGCAGAGCCAACAGCCCCAGCAAUCCCCUCUACUGCCGUCGAUCUAUCUGACCACAAUGGGUGGUGGUCCACCGGUGGCGGCCGCUGGUGGAAAGGUCAAAUCCAACCCAUCAACCGAGUCCGGUUCGACGAAGGGCACUGCGCAGCAGAAACAAUCGUCCGGUCCUAGCACAACGGAUCUACUCGGCAGUAAGAGCCAGAACAACAGCAUCGGAGACAUCAACAGUCGGCUGGAGUUUCUCUGUCUGCAAAUGACCGAGCAAGCAAUCAACUGAAUCUAUGCCGUGGAGGUGAGGAGUAGUGGUAGAGUAGCAGUUGUUAGUACGUUGUUUAGUUUAGCGGAAUCGCUCGAGACAAUGCGCGCCCUCGUUCAUGUUGGUCUCUUCGGCAGCUGCCAGUGUUUGAAAAUGAUAAUACAAUUCACUCCAGGCGAGGGAAAGAUUGAUCCAUUAGACAAGCUAACGACGGGCUGCUGCAGCAUUGGUUUGUAUGAUGGGAGGGUGUGCAGAACAUCGACGACAAAACCGGUAGUUUUCAAUUCUUGACGCUCUUAAAAUUAUUAAGCUUAAAAAAGAAAGAAAGCAGACAAGAAAAUCUAUUUCGAUUAACUAUAUAUCUAUUUAGCACUCUCAGAAAACAAUUGAAAAGCAAAAAUGUGGUUAAACAAUUCCCUAGAGACAACUUUGAUAGUUUUUUUUUUAACACUUUGACUCUAGCUAGACAAGCUGCAGUUGGUAAUUUGAAAUGAAGGUAAGGGAAUGUAAUAACAGAGAGAAUGUAGGAAAAUCUCCUUCAGAAAAAGCGGGUAUUUGAAAGUGGUAGUAUUUUUGUUAUUACAUAAUUUUUUAUAUUAGUUUUUGUCCUAACAAAAUUUCAUGAAAUUUUACUAUUUAUACACAAGUAGACGUAUUUCUCUCUUUAUUGAACGAAAUAAAAUCAAAACAGCUAUAUGUCCCAUUUUAUCGAAACGGAACGCGAGAGCAACAUUUAUUUGAAACGGUAUAGUGCGAAAUCGGAGACCCAAAUCGAAGCCAGGUGCAGAAAAAAAACCCUACUGCAAAACGAAACGAAAAUGUGAUUGUGAUUUUGUUUUUCAAAGAGUAUCAUGUACUAUUUUUAUGAUUGAGUGAUCAAUACACCUGCCGCAAAUGGAAUCAAUUAUUUAUUCGAGCGAUUGUCAGCCAGAACAACAAUUCGCACCUGUACUAAUCAUAUAGAUCUUAUUGAUGUGUCACUUUAAUUGUUACAACAAAAAAACCGGAACCAUUUUUGGGCGGACCUCAAACCGCUGCAAAGAAAUAUAUUUUCUUAGUAGAUUAUUUAUUGUCUCGUGAGCUCUGUAUGUUGUGUAAAUAAAACGAAACAAAAAUGUCUUUCGGUUUCUCUGAAAAAAAAAAACACGACUUUUAACAAUUGAGUCCAAAAAACGAAAGUUAAAUAAAAUCAAAUCCCUACCACACAGGCGAAGAUAUGUUCCAUUGUUUAAUUGUAGAUCAAUCAAGCAGAAUAUGUCUUCAGGAAGGUAUAAGUAGAAGGAGAAAUUGUGGAAAAAUAACCGGCGUUGUUAUAUAUUUAAUAGAAAGUAAACUAUAUUUUGUUCCGUUUAAUUUUCUCGAAGCUUCCCGCGCUGAGAUGAAUGCAUAUUCUAUAGUUGUAAGUACUCCGUUCGCUGGGAGCGCCGAUCUCUGUCGUACUAAACGCGGACUGGGCCGGUACAGAAGGGGGCAAACAAGCUUCCCCCAACUGUCAUUAUAGGGCGAAUUGGUGUAGAGUCAGUAGUGUUUACACGGAAUUGUGUACUUGCUUACAACUAAUUAUACUAUAGUGGAAGAAAGGCAUGCCGAACAAGCGAGAAAAAUCAACCAGUUUUAUGUAGUGCAGUUUUUAUUAUGAGAAAUGGAAUAAAACAAAUCUAGUAACGGAAAAUAUUUAUUUUUGAACCGAAUAA